GCCGGCAUGGCUAUUAAAGGCCUCGUUUAAUGUUCAGGUGAAGAGGAAUCGCCCUGCGUUCCCAGGAGCCCCGUGUCCUCAGUAGGUCGGUAGUUGGUCGUGUUCCCUUAGUGGUAACCAAGUAGAAAUUACGUAAAUAACAUUGCGGAAAAAAAGAAGGCAUGGCAGCCGUUAAUGUGCCGAAGAAAGAAGUCGUCAGAGAUCCGGAUCGCUGCGAUAUCCCGUACUACGUUUCAGAAUUUGUGGAAAGAGAAGUUGGGAAUGACUAUGAUUCUCUGAAGAAGCUGGGCAGCCUCAUUGAGAAGCUGUCUGAAAACAAGAGGCAGCUGGAAGAACAGGUUCUCACGGUUUCAUCCGAAGUCCCUAAAAGAAUUCAGAACGCCUUAAAGAAUGCAGAGGACUCAAAACAAUCUCUGAAUCGGCUUCUAGAGGAAGAAACUCUCCUGUCCGAUUCCAUCAGCAGCCACUUAGAGAAAGCUGAGCCGUGGAUGGAGGAUCUCGGGGUGCUGAUCAGCCAGGUGGAGGAGAUUGAGCAUCACCUGGCCUAUCUGAAAUGGAUUUCCCAAAUAGAAGAGUUAAGUGAUAACAUUCAGCAGUAUCUGAUGACCAACAAUGUUCCGGAGGCAGCCAGUACUCUAGCGUCUAUGGCAGAACUGGAUAUUAAACUUCAGGAGUCAUCUUGUUCUCAUCUUCUUUCGUUUGUGAGAUCCACUGUUAAAUUUUGGCAUAAAAUUCUUAAGGACAAGUUGUCAAGUGACUUUGAAGAAGUGCUGACCCAGCUUCGUUGGCCAUUUGUGGGGCCACCGCAGUCUCAGGCGUUUGGCCUUACUGCGCCAGCCAACGCUUCUGAUGUUUACAACAAUUUAGAGGUUUUGUUCUGCCAGCUUCUGAAAUUGCAAACAUCAGAUGAGCUGUUAACCAAACCCAAACAGCUGCCAGAAAAGUACUCCUUACCUCCAUCACCACCUGUUAUCCUCCCAAUACAGAUCAUGCUGAAUCCUCUGCAGAAAAGAUUCCGCUACCAUUUCACUGGAAAUAAACCAACCAAUGUUUUAAGCAAGCCUGAGUGGUAUUUGACACAAGUGCUCAUGUGGAUUGGAAAUCACGCCAAGUUCCUUGAUGACAAAAUCCAGCCAAUAUUGGACAAGGCAGGAUCGCCAGUGAAUGCUGGGCUUGAAUUCUCUCGUGCUCUGGUAAUGCUGAUUUUGGAGAAGCUGGCUACUGAUAUUCCAUUUGUGUUAUAUGACGACACUCUCUUUUGUCACCUUGUGGAUGAGGUACUUCUGUUUGAGAGAGAGCUAUUCAGUGUUCAUGGUUAUCUCAGCAGCUUUCCCAGUUGCAUGCAUAUUCUCUCAGAAGAGUCCUGCUUCCAGAGAUGGCUGACAGUGGAAAAGAAAUUUGCUCUUCAGAAAAUGGACUCUAUGCUUUCAUCAGAGGCUGCAUGGGUAUCACAGUACAAAGAUAUCAGUGAUGUGGAUGAGAUGAAGGUCCCAGACUGUGCAGAAACUUUUAUGACUCUGCUGUUAGUUAUAACAGACAGGUAUAAGAAUCUUCCAACGGCUUCCAGAAAACUGCAGUUCCUGGGGCUACAGAAAGAGUUAGUUGAUGAUUUUAGGAUACGAUUAACUCAAGUAAUGAAGGAAGAGAGUAGAGAUUCUUUAGGCUUCAGAUACUGUGCGAUCCUCAAUGCCGUUAACUACAUAGCAACUGUGCUGGCUGACUGGGCAGACAAUGUAUUCUUCUUGCAGCUACAGCAGGCUGAACUGGAGGUCUGUGCAGAAAGCGAUGCUGUCAGCCAGCUGCAGCUGGGGCAGCUGGCUUCAAUGGAGAGCUCUGUCUUUGAUGAAAUGAUCAACCUCCUGGAACGCCUGAAACACGAUAUGUUGAGUCGUCAAGUGUACCACGUCUUCAAAGAGGUCACAGAUGCUGCAAAGCUGUACAAAAAAGAGAGGUGGUUAUCUUUACCAUCUCAAGCAGAGCAGGCGGUAAUGUCUUUGUCAAGCACAGCUUGCCCAAUGUUGUUGACUCUACGGGACCGAUUGCUUCAACUAGAACAGCAGCUCUGUCACUCUCUGUUUAAGAUAUUCUGGCAAAUGCUCGCAGAGAAAGUGGACACUUACAUAUAUCAGGAGAUAAUCAUGGCGAAUCAUUUCAACGAAGGAGGAGCAGCACAGCUUCAGUUUGACAUGAGCAGAAAUCUUUUUCCUUUGUUUUCACACUACUGUAAGAGGCCAGAAAACUACUUCAAGCACAUCAAAGAAGCCUGCAUUAUCCUGAAUCUGAAUGUUGGUUCUGCCUUGCUUCUGAAGGAAGUACUGCAGUCAGCCUCAGAAAACGAAGCACCGUUACAACCAAACCAGCCAUCAGCAACAGCAGCGUUAAAUGAACUGGGGGUUUACAAAUUAGCACAACAGGAUGUUGAGAUUCUUCUCAAUUUGAGAGCUAUUUGGCCAAAUGCAGGCAAAUAAAGACUUUCUUCAGAAGUGGUUAAAACUUAAUCUAGAUCACUUGUUU